GUAGCUAGUUCCUCUACCAAAAUAAUUGAAAAGUGAAUAGUCCUGGAUUCUGGGGUGCGAGAUGGCGGUAGAAUCAUCAACCAAGGCAGUUUCUGCCGUAGAGAAAAGCCGAGACAUGCCUUCUGAAAAGGCCAUGGAGUUUCUGUAUACAGUUGUUCGAAGAGACGUGGACUCCAGCAACGAUGAAGGAAUAAAAGAGAAGGAGCAAGCUAUUCAACGGCUUGGUGAACUUAUGUUUGAAAACAAAUUGAAAGACGACCUUUGCGCUCUUGUCAAAUAUAUCCGCCCGUUUCUAAGCUGCAUUUCCAAAGCCAAGUCGGCGAAGCUCGUCAGGAAUUUGCUGGACUUGUUUCUCCAGCUGGACUCGGAGACGACAUCUGCAAUUGAACUUUGCAAGGAAUGCAUUGAAUGGGCCAAGGCUGAGAAGAGAUCAUUCUUGCGACAGAACUUAGAGUCUCGUUUGGUGGCAUUAUUCCUUGCAUCAAGUCAGUACACUGCUGCCCUGGAUCUGGGUUCAUCUUUGCUACGUGAGCUGAAGAAAUUAGAUGACAAAGCUCUUCUUGUGGAUGUUCAGCUGUUGGAAAGUCGUGUAUACUACAAAUUGGGUAAUGUGACCAAGUCCCGCGCCGCACUGACCUCAGCUAGAACCACGGCCAAUGGUAUCUAUACCCCACCCAAGAUGCAGGCUGGCCUUGAUCUGCAGGCAGGUAUCCUUCAUGCCCAUGAUUUAGAUUUCAAGAUGGGAUACUCUUACCUUUAUGAAUCGUUCGAGGGAUUUGAUUCUGUCAAUCUCACUACAAGUGCAUCACUGGCUUUGAAGUACCUGCUUCUGUGCAAGAUUCUGCAAAACUCGCCUGAAGAUGUAUCUGCAUUGCUAACGACAAAGCUGGCUCAGAAAUACCACGGUGAAGCAAGUGAGGCCAUGUCUGGUGUAGCCACUGCUUGCAAGAACCGAUCACUGUGUGAACUCAAGGAGGUAUUGGCCAGUCACGAGAAGGAGUUCUCCUCUGAUGAUGUUGUUCGGCGUCACCUUGAUCAUCUUUAUGACAACUUGCUGGAGCAAAACUUGCUGCGAUUAGUGGAGCCAUUUUCUCGUGUUCAGGUUGCACACAUUGCUAAGCUUAUCACUUUGCCCCAGGACGUUGUCGAAAGCAAGUUGUCACAGAUGAUCUUGGACAAGAAAGUUAAAGGUAUUCUUGACCAGGGAGCAGGUGUUUUGGAAGUGUUUGAUCCGAGCACGAGCAACCAAACGUACAAUUCGUCAGUUGAUACCAUCAAGGCAAUGGGCAAGGUUGUGGACGGACUGUACCUACGUGCAAGAAAGCUUUCAUGAGUUCAACACUUCAAGAUUUUACCCGUAUACAUAUUCAUUCUUUGGUGUUGCUCUUUUAUUGUCCCCUGGGGGUCGUGUACAUUCAGUUUUUCACAGUUCUUUUGCUACUCUCACAUCACUGCUGCAUGGACAGCAGCAGCAGCAACAACAGAUAGUAGGGCAUGACAUCAUUUUCUUAUCAUGGAUGGUGGCAUUGUUUGUUAGAUUUAGACAGGAGAACACAUAUCCAGCGUGCAAACACGAAACAAAAUAAUACACCAAUAAGCGAAAAGUGGACACCCGGUCCCCCUGCUCCUGGCCUAAGUGUACACAGCAAGUGCUUAUUGAUAUGAUGUCUGCUUUAGUAGUAGCACAAUAAUUUUUAAUGGCAUUGCACAUACUGACUGUGGUGGCGACAUUAGCGGUGGCAACAGCAUGUCAUUCGUGAUUAGUUUUCUUGCAGACGCAUAGUCAUGUUUGUAUACUGUGUUAGGUGACAACCGCCAGUCACUAUCUUCUUAUUGCUCAAUAACUCUACUACUACUACAAUUGGCAUGUUGUCCUGCAUUCAAAUGAUCAUGAAAAUGCAUUUUUUUCUUUUCUAAAGCCUAAAAACCUA